AUGGAUUCAUCUACUUCAGAUCAUAAUCCUCACAGUACCAAUCCAGAUGAAGAUGUAGAUCGAUCGAUUGACUCGAUUAGCAAUGGAUUCAACAAGCAAAUUGACCUUGAUUCGGAUCAUGCAGAAGAAGCUCAUGAUAAUGAUGAUGAAGAUGAUGAUGAUUUUACGUUUAUGUUGAUAGGUAACGAUGAUGAUGAAGAUAAUUACGAUGAAAAAGUGUUUGAAAACAGUAAGAUCCGGCCGGUUUUUCCGUUAUUUGAUCAGAAUUUGUUGUUAGAUGGUGAGUAUCAUAUUGAAGAGAUAGACCGGUUACCGGUUCUGCCACCGGUGGAUAAGAUUUUCAUCGAAUCGCCACGUGGAUUUCCGUCAUCUAAACCGUCGGAACACGAGGACGACAACGACAACGCCACCGGACCGUACUGUGCGUGGUCUAAAGACACAGCCACCGCCGCCGCUACGGCGGAGCUGAGUAAAAAGAGUAACUCCACCGGAUUCUCGAAGCUCUGGAGAUUACGGGAGAUAGUUGGCCGGAGUAAUAGUGACGGCCGUGAUGCGUUUGUGUUUCUCAAAAGUUCUGAUAGGACGACGGCGACAGUAGCAGCAGCGGCCGCGCCAGCAACAACCUCUUCGGCGUCGAAACCGGUCACCGGUGAAGGAACUUUUGUUAAAGUGAAUGUAGCCGGAGGUAAGGCUAGGGUUGUUAAGCAAGGAACGAAAGCGAAAAAACCGGUAUCGGCACACGAGGCUUACAUGAGGAGUAAGGGACAUACGGAGGAAGAACGCCGGCGGUCGUACCUACCUUACCGGCCGGAGCUGAUGGGGUUAUUUACUAAUGUACAUGGUUUAAGCAAGAAUGUUCAUCCUUAUUAA